CCCCUCUUCCUGUCUUUCUCUCCAGCUGACCAGCGCCUUGAUCAGCAGGAUGAGUGGAGCGGAGGGUGGAGGCCGGCCGGCCAAGGUGGGCUCCCUGGUGGAGGUGAUCGGGAAGGGCCAGCGCGGCACGGUGGCCUACGUGGGCGCCACGCUGUUCGCCUCGGGCAAGUGGGUGGGCGUGAUCCUGGACGAGGCCAAGGGCAAGAACGACGGCACGGUGCAGGGCAAGCGCUACUUCACCUGCGAGGAAAACCACGGCAUCUUCGUACGGCAGAGCCAGAUUCAGCUGGUGGAUGAGGGUUCCAGCACCCCCUCUCCAGACACACCGGAGGCCCCCACCUCCAAGGUCCUCAGGCAGAAAGACAUUCUUGAGACUCCAAAGUCAACCAAGCAGACAUCUGCCCUUAAGAAGUCCUCAACCCGCCGUCCGACCAAGACUCCUAAGCCUUCCGGCCUCUCCACCUCUCUCUCUGGUGAUGUCAGCGAGGCGGGGCUAUCCCAGAGUGCCCUGGGGGCGCCCGUCGUCCCGCUGCCGAGCGGAUCUCCCGCCACGGCCGGAGGCCCGCCCCCAGCCACGUCCAGCAAGGGGGAGAGUGUCGUUUACAAGCAGGAGGAGGACUCCCUGCGGGGCCAGCUGAAGGACCUGGAGGAGAAGCUGGAGACCCUGAGGAUGAAGCGCUCGGAGGACAAGGCCAAGCUGAAGGAGCUGGAGAAGAGUCGCAUCCAGCUGGAGCAGCUGCAGGAGUGGAGGAGCAAGAUGCAGGAGCAGCAGACUGACCUGCAGAAACUUCUGAAGGAGGCCAAGAAGGAUGCCCUGGAGGCCCAGGAGGGGAAGGAACGCUACAUGGAGGAGAUGGCCGACACAGCGGACGCCAUCGAGAUGGCCACGCUGGACAAGGAGAUGGCUGAGGAGCGUGCGGAGUCCCUCACGGUGGAGGUGGAGUCACUGAAGGAGAAGGUGGAGGAGCUCACCAUGGACCUGGAGAUCCUGAAGCACGAGAUCGAGGAGAAAGGUUCGGACGGAGCAGCCUCCAGCUACCACGUCAGGCAACUGGAGGAGCAGAACAGCCGGCUGAAGGAGGCGCUGGUCAGGAUGCGGGACCUGUCGUCGUCGGAGAAGCAGGAGCACGUGAAGCUUCAGAAGCAGAUGGAGAAGAAGGGUGGAGAGCUGGAGGUGCUGAGGACCCAGAGGGAGAAGCUGCAGGAGGAGAUGAAGCAGGCCGAGGUCACCAUCGACGAGCUCAAGGAGCAGGUGGACGCGGCUCUGGGGGCGGAGGAGAUGGUGGAGACCCUGACGGAGAGAAACCUGGACCUGGAGGAGAAGGUCAGGGAGCUGAGAGAGACUGUCACCGACUUGGAAGCCAUCAACGAGAUGAACGACGAGCUCCAGGAGAACGGGCGUGAGACGGAGAUGGAGCUGCGGGAGCAGCUGGACCUGGCGGGGGGGCGGGUCAGGGAGGCCCAACGCAGAGUGGAGGCAGCACAGGAGACCCUGGCUGACUACACACACACCAUCAGCAAGUACAGGGAGCUGACCUCCAGUCUGCAGGAGACCAACCGGGAGCUGACCAAUCAGCAGAGUGCCAGUGCAGAACAGGAGCAACCUCCAGCUGAGCUGUUUGACUUCAAGAUCAAGUUUGCAGAGACCAAGGCCUAUGCUAAGGCCAUAGAGAUGGAGCUGAGGAAGAUGGAGGUGAGCCAGGCUAACAGGCAGGUGUCCCUGCUCACCUCCUUCAUGCCCGACUCCUUCCUGCGUCACGGAGGAGACCACGACUGCAUCCUGGUGCUGCUGCUCAUCCCCCGGCUCAUCUGCAAGGCUGAGUUGAUCAGUAAGCAAGCCCAGGAGAAGUUUGACCUGAGUGUGACCCCAGUGGUGCGUCCUGGGAUGCGAGGUCCUCCAGGAGAGCAGCUCAGCUUCGCGUCCGGCCUGGUGUACUCUCUGAACCUGCUGCAGGCCACACUGCACCGCUACCAGGGGGCCCUGAGCAGCUGCAGUGUGGAGGUGUAUAAGAGGAUGGGAACUCUGUACUCUGAGAUGAGCGUUCAUGAGCGCUCUCUGGACCUGCUCAUCGACCUGCUGCACAAGGACCAGUUGGACGAGACUGUCAACGUGGAGCCCCUGACCAGGGCUAUCAAGUACUACCAGCAACUGUACAGCAUCCACCUAUCAGAGCUGGCUGAGGACUGCACCGUGCAGCUGGGAGACCACAUCAAGUUCACCCAGAGUGCCCUGGACUGCAUGGGCGUGGAGGUGGGGCGUCUGCGGGCCUUCCUGCAGGCGGGACAGGAAGGGGCGGAUCUCUCUAUCCUGCUCAGGGAUCUGGACACUUCCUGUAGUGACAUCAGACAGUUCUGUAAGAAGAUCCGUCGUCGCAUGCCUGGAACGGACGUCCCCGGGGUGCCGGCCGCGCUGGCCUUCCCAACGCAGGUGUCGGAGGCGCUGGCGGAGGCGCGGGGCCAGCUGGGCCGCGUGGUGGCCGUGCUGCAGGAGCUGGGAGCUGCAGGAGCCCAGACGGUCGCUCCUCUGGGGGAGAGCGAGGGCCUGAGCGCCCUCAGCCUGGAGGAGGUCACCCUCAAAGCUGUCCAGCAGGUGUACGGUUGUCACGGUGAGAGCCCGCACGAGAGCCUGCGUCAGUCUUGCAGCUCUGUCAUCUCCACCAUGAACAAGAUGGCCACCGCCAUGCAGGAGGGGGAGUACGACUCUGAGAGACCCCACGGAGGACCCCCCCCGGUGGAGCUGCGUGCUGCCUCCCUCAGGGCAGAGAUCACAGACGCUGAAGGGCUGGGAGCACGUCUGGAGGACAGGGACACCGUCAUCAAGGAGGUCAAGAAGUCCCUCAAGAUCAAGGGGGAGGAGCUGAGCGAGGCCCACGUGCGUCUCAGCCUGCUGGAGAGGAAGCUGGACACGUCCACCAGGGACGCAGACGAGAGGGUGGAGAAGAUCCAGACCAGGCUGGACGACAGCCUGGCCCUGCUCAAGAAGAAGGAGAAGGAGUUUGAAGAGACCAUGGACGCCCUGCAGGCCGACAUCGACCAGCUGGAGUCUGAGAAGGCGGAGCUAAAGCAGCGUCUCACCAGCCAAUCAAAAAUGACCAUCGACGGCCUCAGGGCCCAGCCCGCCUCCGGCAUCGCCUCCAUCGUCACGGGAACGGCAGGAGCAGCUCCCCCAGCUGCAGGCUCUCUGUCUGGGGCUCUGCAGGUGGUGGACUCCCCUCUCCUCAAACAGCAGCUGGAGGCUCAGAGGCUGGGCAUCAAACACCUGAAGAACGAAAACAACAGGCUCAAGGCGGAGAAGAUGAGGGCUCAGCUGGCCUCCCUGCCCCCCCUCCACGUUCCCCACUGGCCCCCCCCCAAGGAGGGCCCCCCCCCCCCUCCAGCGCCCCCCCCUCCAAAGGGGCUGGACGGGGCUCUCUACAGGAAGACUGACCAGCUGCUGGACACUCUGCUGAGGAUGAGCGCCGGGGUCAGAGUGGUGGACAUCACCGGCAAGACCCCUGUCAGUGCCAGUGCCCAGCUGCUGGAGCAGACUGCUCGUCUGCAGAGCCUCAGAGACGCGCUGGACAGACUCAAGGGGGAGGUAGCAGAGCAUGUGGUGUCUCAGCAGCCUGGAGCCAAGGUCUCCUCUGACUUCGCCACCUUCCCAGUCUCCUCCUUCGUCAAGGCCAAGCAGGAGAAGCAGGAGGGCACAGUGUUUGUGGGGCGUGUCUCCAUCCCCUGCACCCGGGGCCAGGAGCAGGUCCACCGCCUCGUCCUAUCACAGCAGCACCUGCAGCAGGUGCACCGCCUCCUCAUGAACUAACCGCCACGCCAUUGGCCCUCGUCGCCUGAGGUCGACAGCGAGCUACACCAAUCAGAGCACAGUUGAA